GGGCUGAGAAGACCGGGCGGGGUCAUCCGGACGUAGGCGCGGCUUUCCGGGAACCCAGGCCACAGAGCAGCCGGCAGCGUAGAUGCAGAGGACCACAGCGACACCUGGCUCUUCUUCCAGCAAAGGCCCCUCCCCGGCUACCGGCGACUGAGAGGCGGGCGGCGGGGCGACCUGCGGGGGCGUGGCCGCGCGCGGAUGGCGCGGGGUCGAAGGGCACGGGUGUCAUGGCGGCCUCCACGCUGGGCUCGGCCUGGGGCCCCCUGCGGCUUGGCAUCUGGGGUCUGUGCCGCCGCCGGCCACCCCGGGGUCUGUGCGCGCGCGUGCGGCGGCUGCCUGGGCCCACACUGUCCAGCCGCAGUGUGGCUGCGGCCAGCGGACCGGGUGCCUUGGGCACCGACCACUACUGCCUGGAGCUACUGCGGAAACGAGAUUAUGAAGGUUAUUUAUGCUCCCUGCUGCUCCCUGCAGAAUCCCGAAGCUCUGCUUUUGCACUGAGGGCCUUCAAUGUGGAACUGGCUCAGGUUAAGGACUCAGUCUCUGAGAAAACAAUUGGACUAAUGCGUAUGCAGUUUUGGAAAAAAACUGUGGAAGAUAUAUACUGUGACAAUCCGCCACAUCAGCCUGUGGCCAUUGAACUAUGGAAGGCUGUCAAAAGACAUAAUCUAACUAAAAGAUGGCUUAUGAAGAUCAUUGAUGAAAGAGAAAAAAAUUUGGAUGACAAACCAUAUCGUAAUAUCCAGGAACUAGAAAAUUAUGCUGAAAACACACAGAGCUCUCUUCUUUAUUUAAUACUAGAGAUACUGGGUAUAAAGGAUCUUCAUGCAGAUCAUGCUGCAAGUCACAUUGGAAAGGCACAAGGCAUUGUCACUUGCUUAAGAGCAACACCAUAUCAUGGCAGCAGAAGAAAGGUGUUCCUUCCCAUGGAUAUUUGUAUGCUGCAUGGUGUUUCACAAGAGGACUUUCUACGGAGGAAGCAAGAUAAAAAUGUGAGAAAUGUAAUAUAUGACAUUGCCAGCCAGGCACACUUGCACUUAAAGCAUGCCCGGUCCUUCCACAGAGGUGUUCCUGUGGAAGCAUUUCCUGCUUUUCUUCAGACGUUUACUUGUAGGCAAAAUGGGACUAAUAAGAGAAACUACCUCAUAGGAUUGUUAGGCUGUUUAUAGCUAUGUUUCCCUAGAGGACUAUUUAAAGAAAAUUCAACAAGUGGAUUUUGAUAUAUUCCACCCAUCUUUACAGCAGAAGAACACUUUACUUCCAUUAUCUUUGUAUGUUCAGUCAUGG